AUGGCUGCGCUGGCUCGGAGCGUGCUGGUGACAGGGUCCAACCGGGGCAUUGGACUGGAGCUUGUGCGGCAGCUCGCCGCCAGCCCCCGGCCCCCCCAGCACAUCUUUGCCACCUGCCGCGACCCCAAGGGUCCAAGAGGGAAGGCCCUACAAGAAUUAGCUGCCCAGCACUCCAGCAUCAAACUGGUCCAGCUAGACACAGUGAAUUUGCCCAGCAUCCAAGGGGCCAUGCAGGCUGUGGGCUAUCAUCUGAAGGACCAAGGCUUGAACCUGCUCAUCAACAAUGCAGGCAUCAGCUCCCACACUACACUGCAUUCCCUGGACUCGCAGGAGAUGCUCGAUGUGUUUGCCACCAAUGUGGUUGGACCACUCCAGGUUGUGAAGGAAUUUCUGCCACUCCUGGAGCAAGCGGCGAAGGGUGCAGGGAAGGAGGGUCUGAGCUGCAGCCGGGCCGCUGUCAUCAACAUCUCCAGCAAACUGGGCUCCAUUGGGCUGUGCCUCAGGGUGCCAGAGGCCCCCAUGUACCCGGUCCUGUCUUUUAGAUGCUCCAGGGCAGCNCUGAACAUGCUGAGCAAGUGCCAGUCCCUGGCGUACAAGGAGCACGGCAUCCUCUGUGUCGCUCUCCACCCCGGCUGGGUGCAAACAGACAUGGGCAGCUCUUUCGGACACGGACACAUGCCCCCUGUGACAGUGGAUGACAGCGUGCAAGGGAUGCUGAAGGUCCUCUCCUCCCUCUCUGAGAAGGAGACCGGCGCCUUCCUGGACUGGGAAGGGAAGGUCAGACCCUGGUGAGACACCACUUCAGGAUCCUGGCAGCCAGGAGGGACCCUGUGCCACUGCUUCUGUGUUUCCCAGAUCCUCAAUAAACUCCUGCUGAUAACCUCCA